AUGGUAUUCAGAGAUGCCUCCCAACCAAGGCGAAUGCUAGUUAUUGAAGACAUUGUCACUGAAAACAGGAAGCGAAUGGAGUUAAUGGGUAUCAACGCAAAUAAUGAAUCCUUAUGCCGUUUAUUACUGCAAAUGAUGUCGGGUGUAGGCGAGUUGUCUAAUCUUGCAGAACAGGGUGAAGGCGCUCUCUCACUAUCUCGAUUCGAACAGGAGGAAGUGAGAACUUUAAUUGGUCGGCUGGCGGUGUCUCUUUUUACUGUUGCUGACAUCUGCGAAGUGAAUUUGGGACAGACGGCAAUGGACUUUAUCAGUGAUCAAAUCCAGAGAAAAAACAGCGCACCAUCGUUAAGUUUCAAGGAAGCUUCGAAGCGAUCUGCGCCUGUUCCAAUUGUGGGGGAUAAAGGAACUGGAAACCACGCCUUAUAUGCUACCGAGCAACCGCAGGUGCUGCUUUCUCCAACAUCAAACAGGGAUUUUUUUAGUCAACUUGACGCCCUCCUCACGCAUAACCGGGAGGAUUUCGAGAAGGCAGACUUGAAGUGGGUGGCACCACUACCUGAUGGCACCGUCCAUGAGCUCAUUGAGAAUGGAUCUACGAUUAAUGUGAGCUACGAUGAUAUACCAAUGUACUUGGAGAAAAUACAACGGUACCGCAAUGCCCGUGUGACAGAAAUUUCAACAAUGGCACGGCACUGCGAUGUAAACACCAGGCACGGCAGUCGUCCUAAAGGUGCUGCGGUUGCGGUUUGUGCUUCUGACGCCAAAAAAGAGCGAUUUGAUCAACUCUUUUCCCCUCCCUCCACUGCGGAUAGUGACCUUCUUAACUCCAACAUCGGUGCCGUCAAAAAAUAUCCCUCACCCUCCGAGAUAAUGUUACAACAACCCAAUCCAGUGGAUGCCACCCUCAUUGGUGUCGUGGUAUCAGAAGCUGAAUUCCAAGCGAAAGUGGAGGCAAUCAAAAAUGGUCACAUCUUUGGCCCAGCAAUCGCACAACAGAACCUAACCUUUAGUGUGCCACGUGGUGGUAAGUUGGUUGAACUUGUUCCCAAUGGUAUUCAUAUGAAGGUAACUUCAGCAAAUGUUUCGGAGUUUCUUCGACUCCUUAAUGAUAAAUCGGCAGCGUUGGGUGGACGAGUUCGGCGUUUGGAGAGUAUCAAAAAAUUGGAGGUAGCCGGUGUGGGUUCACAAGAUCUCUCACGGGAGAAGGGUAAGUUUUCUCCCACACAUUUUUCGAAAGACAUAUUUGCCCCAUAUGAUGAGCGCACGAGCUUCUUCGUCGAUACCGACGCAUCUGAGGAAAUACUACCACUUUAUUUGCGUGACCAAGAAGAGCUACAGCGGAGGGCAGACACAUACUAUGUCCACGUCAUUCGUCAAGGGGACAUAAAGACAUGGAAUGCCAUAUUUGAGCAAGUGCAGGCGGAUCCUUCCAUGUUGAAAAAAUACGGUGUCACUUUCUGCGUUCCAAGUUCGUUUUCUUCACAUGGUUCCGAAAAUGAACAGAGGCCACGGAUUCAUGAACUGAUAACAAGGGGCUCAACUACCCCUGUGGAGGAGUCGCAACUAUGGCUCUUCACAAAAAUGGUGAAACAGGUCAUGCACCCCAGUGCGUAG